CUGUUUUCGGUCCUAUGACUACUUGCGUUGAUGAUUUAGCUUUAGCUUACUAUAUUAUGGCCGGAAAAGAUCCCGAGGAUCCAAAAACUUUGCACCAGCCGUUACCCACUCUCCAUGAUCUUUACCUUACUAAAACAUUGUCAGACCUAAAGAUUGGUGUAUUCUCUGAUUGGAAUAGACAAGUCAACGAUCCUGCUAUUACUUCUUCUCUCAAUGCAUUCAUUGAAGAAUUUAAACUUCGCUGUGCCGAGUUUAUUGAAAUUGAUAUUCCGGAAUUAGAAGACGCACAAAUAGCUUACAUGAUUACUUUUAUGUCCGAAUUCUGCUCCUCUUUGAAUGGAUACCAAAAAUACUUGCAUUUGUUGAGUCUUCCUAAUAGAGUAGGCAUCGCGACUUAUAGUAAUGCGAAUGCUUCGGAUUACAUUAAAGCUCAACAAGUUCGUACGCGUAUGAUGCGUAAUGUAUCAGUCUUAUUCUCUGAUGUUAAUCUUAUUUUAACCCCUACUUGUGCCAUAACUGCUCCUCCAAUCUAUCCGGGAGCUUUAGAUUGUG